AGCCAACGGUGAUGUCGUCUUUCUUCUUCAGCGAAAUUUAGGGUUUUGCAAAGAUAUUACAACCAAAAUCUUCAGGAAUGGGAAAGACGAGUUCGAAAAAGGAUGAAACCAAGCAUUCUGAUCGGAAGUUUGAGAAGAAACUCGAGUUCUAUUCCAAGGUUAAAGAAACUGUUGCUUUAGGUGCUCAAAAGGGGAUCAAGAAGAAGAAGAAACUUAGAAGCAGACAAAAGAAAUUGAAAGCAUACAAUCUCACUUCACUGGCAGAAUUCCUACCUGACAUAGAGCCUUCCAAGCAACCAACUCCCGCUGAUUUCAAAGUGACGACUAAAUCAAAGCAAAAACUUGUAAUGAAAGAGACAAACCAAUUGAAAACAGUGCUUAAUGAUCCUGAAUUCAAAGCCGAUCCAUUGGCAGCCUUACACCAACAUUUACAAAGCACGCAGCCGGUUCCUGAUGAGAAACCAGCUCGAAAGAAGGAAACUGGAAAGAAAGGACGGAAGAAGAAGAAGAAGAAGAAAGGGUCUAAAACUCCAACAGAAACUCAAUCUAUGGAAGAAUGAUGCACAAGACAGGUUAUUCUUUCCCCAUUUUUGUUGGUUUUCAGGUUGCUUUUUGCAAUAUGAUUCAUGGGUUGCUAGAUGUUAUGCAAGUAGACAUUGAAUUCUAUAAAGCAUAUCUGUUUCAAUGUCGAGUAAAUAUUUGGGAAAAAGUUGAGCAAAUUGUAGUCCGGUUUUUGUUGCUUCAUAUGUUUUAGAAACGUAUUGGGUAGUGAUUGGUAUAAGCACGAGUUAUGUCACAUAUACGAGACUAUAUAACAAGAUCACAGACACCUUCAAGGUGCCAAAGUGCCUAAUCGCGAUC